GUAAGCACGCGCUCCCGCACGUACGCGUUCCCGAAAGAAACGCAUGAAGACCGAAAAUCAAACCCCCGAAGAGGCGGCGCGGAGGGCGCCUGCCGCGCGACGCCAACAAAAACCACCCUUCUCUUACAUCGCACUGAUCGUUAUGGCCAUUAGAAAUUCACCCAAUAAACGAUUGACCCUCAGUGAAAUAUACGCGUUUCUUCAACAACAAUUCCCGUUUUUCCGGAGUGCCUAUCAGGGAUGGAAAAACUCUGUUCGCCACAAUUUGAGCUUGAACGAAUGUUUCGUGAAGCUGCCCAAGGGCCUCGGCCGCCCGGGGAAGGGUCACUACUGGACAAUCGACCCGUCUUCAGAAUAUAUGUUCGAGGAGGGUUCAUUCAGAAGACGACCCCGAGGAUUUCGCCGCAAAAGUCAAGCACUUAAACCACAAUUUGGGGCCAGCUAUUUAUGUGGUAGUGGAGUGAGUGCUCUGCCACCUUCUCAACCGACAGGAUACGAGUUAGCAAGUGGAAGCGGGUCAGGAUCCGGUAACACUUCCACAAUUGACUACGGAGCAUGUGCAUACACACAUACUAGCGCGGCGAGUCAGCAAUUGACAUACGGCAGCGAAUACUGCACGUAUGGCGGGAUGGGAGACCGGGAAUGGCCUCUGCCUUACGGGCCCGUGGAUCCGGGCUACCGGCCGCCACCGCCCUCGUGGCCGCCGCAUCAUGAUUUGCCUGAUAUCGUACCAUCAUCGCCUCCGCCACAUCACGAAUUACCGGAUCUCAUACCUAACUAUCAGUAUGCGGUUGCCAACGAGCAUGGCACUGCAUCGAUGUUCCCAAUGCGCGGUGUUCAUGGGCAAAUGUUGUCCAGUGGACCACUGGGGAGCUCGGCUAUUAGUGGUCUGGGGAGUUUUGGCCUGUCAUCGGCGCUGCCCGCGCUGCCUCCGGACCGCAAGCCGUAUUCUUCACCGCCGCCGACGCCGCUGCCUGCGUUAACUGCAAACCCAUGCCCCGCUGUGGGACGUGAAUGGGUUGAUACGGUAUGAUUUAUAACGAAAUAAAGAAUAGAAACGAUUUAGAACAUAAGCCACCCGUUGAGAAAGUAUACACGUAAAGGUGUCUACAAGUAAGUUCUUUAUACAUAUUAUAAUUAGUAUGAUUCAAUUGCCCUUCUGCGAUUUAAUAAUGUUCACAAAUACAGUCAAAUAAAAAAGUAGCUAUCAUCUAGAGAUUAUUUGUCUUAAUUUUAUAAAAAUCAAAUUGAAUGGAAGGAAAUACUGGUGAAAUAAACAAACUUCAAAAUUAUUUGGAACCAUUUCAAAAGUUUAAAUUAUUGAAGCAAAGUUCUCAUUACACUCUUUAGAUGAUUAGUGACUUUUUUAGGAGUAGGGGGCUUAUAAUAUAGUCUUAGUAGUUAAUUAUUUUAAUAAUAUAACCCUUGACCUUUAAUAAUUAUCAAGGUAUUUUGAACGAAAACGGUUUGGGAUAUUACGUAAACAGUUAAGUAAACAGAGGUUGCAAAUGGACAGAGUUAGUGGAAGCCACCAAACCGUAAAAAAACGAAUAAACAAAUAAAACUGAGAAAUCUAAUUGUAUGACAAAUGAAAUCAAGCUCAACCCAAUAAUCACUGCGGUUUUCUUAUUAUUAUUACGGAAUAAUAAAAGAAACACCGAAGUGAUUGUUACCCUAUACCCUGACAUCUACGUAAAUGUCAGGGUUCAUCUGCCGUAAUUAGUAUAAUAAUCUUUAUG